CUAAUGCAAUCUUAUUCCGAUCCAUUAAAAUUCUCUAUCUCCGGAGUAGCAAAUGUGAAGUCAAAUGACGCUGUAUGUAGACUACGUCUGCGCAUAACACCUCUAGCGCAGAAAUUCCCAAUGGGGAAACCAACUCACUUUCCGCACAGUCGGCCAUGUGGAGGAUUCCAGUCGAUAAACGGUCAUCUCAAUCGGGCCAGAAGUACUGAACAGUGCCCUCUCCUUCUCACCCGUCUCCAUUAAUCUCUAUCUUAUGGGAACUUAUUGAUUUCCAACCGACUUCAUUCUGCCCUCAACGGGCCACCUUGCGCUUUCUCCGAACUACCAUCACCACAUCUCACCAUGACUGCACAAUCGCUGAGCUCGUUGUUGCAACGUGCAUCCAUCGACGACCAUGACGAAGUCUUGAAAUCAUGCAAUGCGGCUCUGGCAAAAUCCAAGUCGGAUCUGCAGGCUCAACACGUCAAAGUGGUCGCUUUGUUGAAGCUCGACCGUUACGAGGACUCCCUCCGCGUAUUCGAAGACGCCGAUGAUGCCUUGAAGAAGAGGGCGGCUUUGGAAUACGCUUACACUCUCUACAAGUGUGGACGCCUGGACGAGUCUAUUGAUGUUGUGUCCGGUUUGAGUGGUGGAAGAGGCGCUGGCCAUUUAGAGGCUCAAGCGAGCUACCGUGCUGAGAAAUUUCGUCGCACGGCUGAGAUCUACGAAGAGCUGUCCCAAGGCGCAUCGAUAGCCAACGAAGAGAACGAUCUCCGGAUCAAUGCUUGGGCGGCGGAUGCCCAGUUGCAGUGGAAAGGCUACCCCGAAUUUGUCCGUCAUACCAGACCUACCCGUGAUGACCUGGAGGCUUUCGAGACGGUUUAUAAUGCAGCUUGUUUGAGUAUUGCCAAGGGGGAGUUUGGUCAGGGAGAAAUGCUUCUGAAGCGGGCCAAAGAGCUGUGUCGAACUUCGGAAGAUCUUACACCUGAAGACCGAGCGGCCGAAUUGCUCCCGAUCGCUGUGCAGCAACUGUAUGUCUUGGUUAGACAAGGGAAAUCAGAGGAGGCCGAGUCGGUUCUCGAGGAGAUUUCUGUGAACGACAUCUCCGAGCUUUCCACGAAGAAAAUCGCGAAGAAUAAUAUCCAACUCUUCCGCAACGCCACUGCGAAUCCGUAUGUUCUCUACAAAGGUUUCCAUGAAACCCCCGACUCCACCGACAGCGACAAACUCUUUGAUUUCCAGAAUAAUAUCAUGGUGGGCAACUCCCAUGCCCUGGACCUUCUUGUCCGCAAAUAUGAUGGUAUUAUUCGGUCGACUUCCGAUGUGCUCUCGAAAAGCCCUUGCCCCUCCGCGGAACCCAGCGUCAACCUUCAUUCGGUUUUCAACUCUGCAGCACAUGCACAGGGUGAGUCGGGAACCAAGGCGUUGAAGCAAAUCCUUCCUUUGCUCGAGAGACGACCCAAGGAUAUUGGAUUGGUAUUGACUGUCGUUCAACUCUACGUGAGUGCCGGCAACACUACUUCUGCCAUCACAACGCUGGAAAGAUCUCUACAACUUCUUGAGGACUCCAUCUCUGAACAAGACAAAGACGUCCGAUUCAACCCAGGUCUCCUUGGCAUCCUUAUUUCUUUGUAUAAACUCGAAGGCCGAAGGGUUCAGAUUCGCUCUGAACUGGCCAAGGCCGCGUCCUACUGGCGCGAACGGGCCGAGGCCCCUGCUUCAUUACUGCGGGCGGCGGCAGCAUCGCUGUUGCACUCGUCCGACCGCUCAUACCUGGCUAUCUCUGGAGAACUGUUCAAGUCUCUGCGUCAGAAGGACCCGAAUGACCGCUUCGCGAUCGCAGGCUAUACGGCAUCGCAAGCUACUCUCGACUACUCCAAGGUUGAGGGCCAAGUCGAUAGUCUUCCUUCAGUCCAAGAUUUGAUCGCCGAUGUCGAUGUUGCUGCUCUAGAAAAGUCUGGUAUUUCGCCCUCUUCCUCAACGGCCGCUGCUGCUGCUGCUGCUAUUGCCGGUGCCAGGAAGAGAACAGCCGAUGGCAAACAGGGCCGAGCAACGAAGCGGAUCCGCAAGUCUCGCCUCCCCAAGGACUUCGACCCCAAUAAGACCGCAGACCCUGAGCGGUGGUUGCCUCUUCGGGAUCGCUCCUCAUACCGGCCCAGAGGACGGAAGAACAAGCAGCGGGCGGCAGAUCGGACACAAGGAGGUGUUGUUAGCGAAAAAGCAGACGACUCCAGCACUUCUGCUCAACAGCAAAAGCCUCAAGGAGGCGGCAGUGCCAAUUCGAAGAAAAAGAAGAAGGGAAAGAGGUAGAUGCUUUAUGUCUGUUGAUGAGAUAUGCCUUGCAUGGACAAGGGAAAAAAUUUCGUUUGAAGCAUGUAGAGUUGAUAGCAGAAAUUUGCUCGCUUGGACAUACAAUAC